AUGGGCGAACCGUCCAGCCUGACGGGAGAUGUCGGACCUGCCUUCCCGGUAGUCAUACCUGUGGGACGCACCGGUGCGAUCGAGGAAGCUGUGCCGCCUGCAGACGCUGCGAAUGCAGGAAGUUCAGGACCCGCAGGACCCGAAGCCGAAGCUGCCAUGUGGAAGGCCCUCGGUGAUGUUGUGACCACAAGGCUGAAGCUGGCUGCAGAUACCCUGUCGAAGGCGGGACUUGGGGCCCAACAGAGCGCAACCGCAGCCUGCCUCCAUACCCACUUUCAAGGGACCACCGAGUGCUCCUGCACCCCCUUUCACGAGCAGCAGCGCGCUGCCGCCGGUUGGCCCAGGCCUGGGCAUGGGCGCCUUGCCUUCCGUGCCGGUCUCCGGUGCCGGUCCCGGUCCCUGGGGAGCCCUGCCACCGAUGCCGCCCGUCGUGGCGCCCGCCUCGACGCUUCCAUGUGCGCUGUGGGCUUCGCAGUGCGCGGUCCUCGCUCAGCGAAGACCUUCGCAAAAGGCUCUGGGCAGAUUUCUCUGAUGCUGCGUCGCAUGACAGAGCAGUGCCAGAAAAAUUGA